GAGUAAUUCAUGACAGAAUUCAAUUUAUGAAGCAGUGUUUUUCAGUGAAUCAAAAACAUACAACAUGAUCAGUGUCGUCUGGUUCUCGAAUUUACAAAUAACUCCUAUAAGGCAGUACUAUUGGCUACAAUUAAAUCAUAUGACGAGUGAAUUGUGUUUUAGUGAAUUUCUUUUUCGAUUUCCACUGAAUGAAUCAUACUCCUUUUUUUUUGGUUAAUCAAAAUCACACUGCAUGACCAGUGGUAGUCUGAUUCCCAGACAAAUUACUCUAAGAGCUAGUUAUUUUUAGCGAUCAGUGUAGUCCAAUUCCCGACAAGUCGCAUUACGUGGUUAUUUUUAGUGAAUCAAAAACACAUAGCAUGUCCAUUGGUUGUCUGAUUCUCGAUUGAAUGACUCUUAUGAGCCAGGUUUGUUAGUAAAUCAGAAACACACAACGCAGUCAAUGUAGUCCGAUUCCUGACGAAUAAAUCGCAUCCGUGUGUAGUCUAAUUCGCCAAUGAACGAGCCAAUUAUUUUUAAUAAAUUUAAAUCAUACAUAGUCUUUUUGCUCUGGUUCUUCAAAAGCAAUUAUAAAUCAGAGUGGGUGUACAAUAUCUCCAUUCCUCAUGAACUUUCAUUGUAUGAAAAGGAGCAGCGUGAACAUUCUGCAAAACAUCUCUUUUUUGAGUUCUACAGAAGAAUGAAAGUUCUACAGGUUUAAAACCACAUGAAGAUGAGUAAAUGGUGCCAGAAUUUCCACAAUCAUAGCAAACUAAUAUUAAGUUCUUGAUUCAAUUGACUCAGAAUACAUGCAACUCCCUUCCUCGCGUUCCUAAAGGUUCUCAGUGGGGAGCCCAUUAUAUGAUGCUCUAUUGAUUAUCACAGGCUCAAUCCAUUAUGAAUAAUUACUUGCCUUCAUAGUGAUUGUGCUCCCUGGGAAUAAUGAACAACACGUGAGAAUGCAGCGUGGGCUCCUGUUGAUCUCACGCCUCUCGUACUCACACACACACACACACACACACACAUAUAUAAACCUCGAUUCUCCACCGCAGCAUCGCCAAAGGGAGCUGCGCUCUCUCACGCACUCGUUCCUCUCACAAUGUGAGAUGCGAUGAGAUGACAUUAUCCGCACAUCUCCCAUCAUGCCAAACGACACAGACGUGCCGCUGUCGGCGUGCGCUCUGGGACGCAGCUCGCGCAUCUCCCUCGCUACGGUCUACUCCUUCAUGUGUGUUCUGGGAACCGUCCUCAACCUCCUGGUGAUCUAUUUGGUGGUGACGUUCAAGAAGCUCCGCACAGCCAGUAAUGCGUUUAUCGUGAACGGUUGCGUGGCGGAUCUGCUGGUUUGUGCUUUCUGGAUGCCCCACGAAGCAGUGGUCACCUCCACUGGGACUUUUUUGGUGAUCGGCUACCAGGCGUUCAAAGAAGCGCUGCUGUUUCUGGGAAUCACCGUGUCGCUGCUCUCCCACUCGCUUAUUGCGGUCAACAGGUACGUUUUGAUCACCAAAACCCCUGCUGUGUAUCAAAGCCUAUAUCAGAAGAGAAACACCGAAUGGAUGAUCGCAGGAUCGUGGUUGAUCUCCAUGGGCUCCUUGUUCCCGUGGAUCUCGUCCUUUCGGUAUCCACCUGAAAGGUGUCGGGAUGCUGAAGAUGCUUCGUUCACGAAGGGAACAUCGGUGUCUGUUUUAUCCAGUCGGUUUGCUACUGGUACACUUGCGUUUACUAUCAUCGGACAGACUUUGGUUGUGGUGUACUGCUACUUUAAAAUCUUCCGCCGAGUGCAAAUAAGUGUGAAAAGAGUCAGUAUUUUGAACUUCCAAAUUGUGAACAACCUUCCUUAUUCGUUCCCAAGAAAGGACAAGCGACUCGGCUUUUACGUUCUCGCAGUGUGCUUUAUUUUUAUUGUUACGACCGAGCCGAUUUUUUGGGUUCUCGUUGCGGGACUCUUCGCCCCUGUGUCCGUGGUGCUUUGGACGUCAACGUGGAUUGUGUUCUGCACUAUAUUCGUGUCCAAUCCCUUUCUGUACACCUGGAAGAACGAGGAGUUUCGUAAAUCCUUCAGGUCUGUGAUGAGAGGAGACUUCUUGCGGGGAUCCACAGUUGGAGUCGAGCCCAUCACCAUCAAUGCUAUUUCUCACAUCUUCCCCAGACAAAACAGCCGCAGGGCAUUUCUGGGUGAGAUGAACUGAGCUAGAGCUGCGAAAGCUUACGAUUAGUACUGUGGCCAAAUUUCGCUCGUGCCUGUCCAAGAUGCUUCUACAAUCUGCUGGUGAUUUUUCAGUCACGAUGAGCUGCAUGUGUUUUGUAAAGAUUUUGUAACCUUUUUUUCUUGUGGAAGUUGAAGUGUGAAGUGUUUUUUGCACAACUGUGAAGGCUUCACUGCCAUUUUUUUA